AUGGCUUUAAUCAAUGAAGAAAAAGAUUCGAGUUAUUCGUUUGAAUUUGGUGGUAAAAGCAUGAGUCAUGAUAUUGAGAAUUUUUUUUACCUUAAUGUUUCUACGGCUUUUAAUUUGAACUAUAUUCCUUGGACCAGUCUUUCAUCAGUUAAUUAUGGUUCACCUCGGACUAUUGGUGCAUCUUGCGUUAAUGAAGCCAAAAAUGAUUCUAUUUUUUAUAUUGGUGGAAUCACUUCAGAAAGUAGUCGUAUUGAGAAAUUUGACAUUUUUACACAAACAUGGAGUAGACCAAUUAUUUCAGGAAACGUGCCAACUGAAUUAUUAGGAAUUCAAUGUGUCGCAUCAAAAGACGCAAUUUAUACAUUUGGAGGAAAUUCACUAAAUCACCUAUAUAAGUUAAACACUACGGAUUUAACAUGGUUAACAUUUUCAUCAUUAGAUGCACCUUCCCCACGGGUGAGAUAUAGUGCAACACUGUUACCAAAUGGUGAUGUUCUAUAUAUUAGUGGGAGGUAUUUUUCUGAUUUCUCACUCAUUUCGAUGGAAAAGAUACCGACCUAUAAUAUAAAUAAUGAUUCGUGGAGAAUAAUUACUACAUCAGGUGAAACCCCACUUCCUCGGGCUGGUCAUACGGCAAAUUUUAUACCUCAACAUAAUCAGAUUUUGAUAAUUGACGGAUGGCCAAACGUUGGAAUCGUUGCUUUAGAUACCAUAACCUUUGCUUGGUCAGUACCUGAAGUUUCAAUUUUCGGUGGAAUUUCACCGGGAUUAUUUUGGCAUACUUCUACAUUAAUUGGCAAUUAUAUUGUGGUUGCAUUCGGCCAACCAAAAUCAAAUUUUAUGUGA